AUGGUCGGCAUCAUCGCUUCCAGUCUGACGGCUGACCGCUCCAAGAAGCCGACUGCCAGCCGCGUGCGGGACAGCAGCUGGGCAGACGGCCUCCGCGGCAUUGCGUCAGUCUUCGUCGUCUCCAGCCACGUCACCCUCUGCUUCGCUCGAUACAUCGUGCCCCCGGCCCUGGCCGAGAACGGGCCCAGCGCCCUGUUUCAACGUCCGUUCCUGCGCUUGGUCGGCCAAGGAAACGCAUGGGUGGCCGUCUUUUUCGUGCUGCUGGGCUUUGUCAACUCCCUGAAAACCGUCCAACUGGCCCGCGUCGGCGCCGUCAACGAUGCGCUCAACUCCUUGGCCUCUAGCACGUUCCGAAGGACCGGUCGACUGGUGUUUCCCGCCACGGCCGUCACCAUCCUGGCCUGGUUCUUCUGUCAACUGGGCGCCUUUAAUCUCGCCACUCGAACGGACGCAUACUGGGUGAGGACGACGAGUCCGCGGCCAAGUGCCUCCUGGGUUCGGGCCAUCGACGAUCUGAUCCGCCAGCUGAUUUCGACCUGGGUAUACGGGGAGAACGCAUAUGACCAGCCGCAAUGGGCGUUGAUUAAUCUCUUCAAGGGGUCCUUCGAUUGUCGGAAUCAACGUGUUUGCCGGGAUGAUGAUAGCGGAAUUGUCGUUAUACCCUCGAUCGCAGCCGAAGUCGACUGUCGCCCAUGUGAUUCCAUAUCUGUUUGCGAUUUUGGGUCUCUACCUCUGUUCGUUCCCCGACUCGUUCUACGAGCAGGCUGCGUGGUCGAGACAGCUGUGGCAAAUCGGGCUGGUGAUCUUCCCGCCGAACGCCCUGUUUGGGCGCUUUUUUCCCGGGAUCGGCGCGCAGAUGCUCUGCUUUGCGAUCCUCUUUUCGCCGUCAAUGCGCAAUGCGCUGUCGAAUCGCUAUCUGCUGUGGCUGGGGAGCAUCAGCUACCCGCUCUAUCUGCUUCACGGCCCGUUGAUGCGGUCGGUGAUGACGUACAUGGUUUUCCUGCCGGCCUCUCUGACAUUCAAGCCGGCGUUGCUGGAGGAUGGGAUGCCGGACCCGGAGUCCCUCAUCCCGGUGCCAAGUCGCUUGACGCUGUUCUUGGUGCUGCCCAUCUUCUUUGCUUUUUGCUGGUCGUCGUCCGACUGUGGGCCGUCAAAGUCGAGCCCUACUUUGGCGCUGCGACGGAUGCGUUUGAGCGGUUUGCUCGUUCGUGGGGGAAAGAGUCUUCGAAUUCUCCCAAGCAGAAUGGCAGCAUGCUGCCGACGUUUGUAGCAAAAGAUUGA